AUGUUUAUGAUUAAAGAAGGCACCAAGCCAUAUUAUCCUCUAGUUAGCACCGUAAGUUACGAUGAUACGCUCUAUUCUUCUUCUUUCGAGCAUAAUGGUGGUGGUGUUCCGAUGGAUCUCCCAUUCCAAGACUUGGCUCAUUCAAUUCAGUUUUUGGGAUCUUGUAAUGGUUUGAUUUGCGUCAUGUUCCAAACUUGUAUGGUUGAUGAGUUGGUGAAUGUCCCUGUCAUCUGGAACCCAACAACUAGAGAAUACAAGAUAUUAUCCAAUUCACAAACUAAAUUUACAAACCUCUCCUCUUCUAUUUAUUCAUUUGGUUAUGAUGGUAAGAAUGACGACUACAAGCUCCUGAAAGGUGAAUUCUCGCGAGAUGGUUCUGUCACGUUGCCACCCACUGAGGAGGAGGUUCAUGUUUCAGAGGUAUAUUCGUUACUGUCAGAUUCAUGGAGAAGCAUCCGGACCAAUAUGCCUUAUCAUAUGCUAAAGUAUAUCCCAUAUGAUACCGUAUCUGGGGUGCUUAUCAAUGGACUUCGUCACUGGUUAGCUGGAUGCAUGAUUCUUGAGAAGGAGCUACAGCAGGAGUCAAUCAUCUCUUUUGAUUUCAGCGAGGACAAGUUUAAGCAAAUGCACUUGCCAAAAGAAUUUAUGAAAAAUAGCACUUACUGUUUUGCUAGGACGGUGGGAGUAUUGGAUGAGUGCCUAUGUGUAGUUGACGGUGUCUGGGAGCCUCGUUAUCAACUUGAGAUAUGGGUGAUGCAAGAUUAUGGUGUUCCCGAAUCCUGGACUAAACGUUUUAUCAUUCCCCAGACUCAAGCUAGACAGCCUUUCGGUCUAAAUCCACUAAGAGUAGUUUGGUGUUUCAGAGAUGGUAAGAUUCUUCUAUUAGAGGACAAGAAAAAGUUAGUUUUAUAUGACACAAAGCAAGAUACCAUGACAAGCAGUUCAGCAAGGAUACAUGGUGCAGAGAACUAUGUCGAAAGCUUGGCUUCACUCAACUCUGGUAUAUAUGUGGGGAGCUGUCGAGAAUACGCCAACAUUCUAAGUGCAUCCUGGACUAAAAAGUUGCGCCUCUUCAACUACGAGGUCUGA